GGGCUUGGAGCCCCUGAUCCAGUGGGAGAUGUCCCUGCCCAUGGGAACAGGAUGGGCUUUGAGGUCCCUUCUGACUCAAACCAUCCCAUGAUUUCAUUAUAAUCCUCCCCGGUGCUCAGCGUGGGCAGCUCUAUUCAAGCCUGACAGGCAAAAGCAGAAGCAAAUGGCACUUGUUCCCUCUUUUCCUUCCUGGAGCUCUGCUGGGAGGCUUUUCCUCCAGCGCUGAGGGACGCUGGAAGCCACCCGGAGCAGCGCCGUGUCUGCUCGGAUGGAUGCGGAGCCUCUGCGGGCCUGGAGCUGGGCAGGGCACUGAGCUGGAGAGGCAGCACCGAGCUGGACUUGAUGAUCCCUGAUGUUUCCCACUGGGCUCUGGCUCUAGGAUGUUGGAGAACCCAGAGGAAGAGCUGACCACAGUGCGCGUCCAGGACCCCCGGGUGCAGAACGAAGGCUCCUGGAACUCCUAUGUGGAUUACAAAAUCUUCCUCCACACCAACAGUAAGGCCUUUACUGCCAAAACCUCAUGCGUGCGGCGCCGGUACCGUGAAUUCGUGUGGCUGAAGAGGCAGCUCCAGAAGAAUGCUGGCUUGGUGCCUGUCCCAGACCUGCCCGGAAAAUCUACCUUCUUUGUGGGCAGCACUGAUGAGUUCAUCGAGAAGCGGAGACAGGGGCUGCAGCAGUUCUUGGAGAAGGUUGUGCAGAACGUGGUCCUCCUCUCCGACAGCCGCCUGCACCUUUUCCUGCAGAGUCAGCUCUCCAUUCCCGAGAUAGAGGCGUGUGUGCAAGGCCAAGGCUCGCAGACAGUGACGGAAGCCAUCCUCCACUACGCCAUGUCCAACUGCGGCUGGGUGCAGGAGGAAGAGAGCCGCCCUGCGCUGCUGCCAGGAGGGAACCUGCACGGCAGCUGUGCCGGCCUGGGAAGCCCACAGGGUCCGAGGUGCCUGGAGCCCUUCCCGCACUGGAGCGACUUCGGCAUGGACGACAGCCACUCGGACAGUCCGGAGGAGCCAGCUGAGCCCCUGGGCGGACAGCGGGAGAUUCAGUAAACGGCUCUAGCGACCUCGCCUGCAUUCCCCGGGACCUGCAGCCCUCGCUGGAAGAGGGACCGCUGCCCUGCCCGAAGGGUGUCCAGGCUGGUGGGACUGGAGCUGCACUGGGAACAUGGCCUUGUCCCAAGCUCUGCAGUGUCUGGGGCUCAUGUGCUCUCCCUGAUGACUCCUGACUGUCCUCAAUGUCCCAGGCAGCGUUCCCAUCACUCUUCCCUUUGGAGAGGGGAUCUUGUGGUUAGUGAAACCUGUGUUUGUUGUUCCCAUGGCCUUUGCUCUCUGACUGAUGCAGGAGCAGGGCUGAAGUGGCAGUGGCAGCGAGGCUCUGUGUCUUUGGCACAUCCCUGCUCUGGGGCAGGGUGGGAUACGCUGGCUCACAUCCAGUGAAACGGAGGAAGGCCUUCCUUGGUGCAGGUGUGGGCUGGGAGCAGGGGCUGGCUGCUGCCCAGCAGUCUCUUCACUUCCCCAAAUUCCCCUCCAUGCCCCAGGUGGGGAAGGCUGCAUUUCCCUGGAACAGCUGUGCAGCUCCUGGAGCUGGAGCCCACGCGUGGGGUGCAGAUAUCGUAUCCACACCUGGGGCCUCUUGGCACAGCUUACUCUGUAGGUUGGCUGUGGCUGGGAUGCACGGAGAGGAGCUUCCUGUUGGGAUCAUGGGGGCAGGGAAGGCAUCAGUGCAAGGUAGAGGGGAUGGUUUGUGUCUCCUGCCCUUUGAGGGAAUGCCCCUUCCAGAUGUGAAGAAGGAGGUUUGCUCUUCCCAACUGCCGUGCACAGGCGGGAGUGGGAGGCUCAGCGGCAAUCUGGUUUGCUGGGAAAGGAGCAUGUAGCUGCCUUGGAGUCGGUGUCCAGCAGCGCUUGGGCUCUGGUUCCUCCCAACACCACACCCUGUGCUCUCCUGCACCUCUUCCUCCCACCCUCAGCACUGGUGAAGGCAGAGCCGACGUGCUCUGACUUGAAAUAAAAAUGAAGUAGA